UUUUCAUUCGUCUAAACUCCUUCAUGUAGCUGAGAUUAAAUCGUAACGGAGUUUCUAGAUCUGUUAUAGACGUUUAUUACACAAGGCAAAUCUUAAACGCACCAAAUAUCAUCACGUGACUCAUAAACACAACAUAAAAUCUGGCAAAACGACAUAUACGCCCGAACUGAUUGGCCACCGGGAAUUGAGCGCGUGCAUUUGCAUAUAGGGAACGCACUCAGAAAUUAUAAAUAGUACAAACGAUCCCUUUACGAUCACUUGCAGCUUGAAUUAGAUUAAAAAUGUGUGCACAAAACGUAAAGUUUGUGAGCAAAACUAGGUCUCAAUCCGUUUUUUGAUAUUUAUAGACAACUUGUGAUGUCUUCUAGUCAGGCGCUCACCGUAAGAGAGUUCGUUUGUUGGUCGCAUCCAGAGAGUCCGAUAGCCUUCGCAACACGUACACGUACGGCAAGCCUGCUAAAGGUUGGCACGUGAGCUUCUUGCAUGGUCAAUGGUUGUACGUGAGGUGCGUGAGAUCCAUUUCAUAAUGCGGCGCAUUUCCGGUGAGCGGACGACCGUGUGAGUCGCUGUCUUCCUAUAUUGUUUCGGUGGGCAUCCUUUCUCUUACCGUCUUGCAGGUACUAGUUAGUAUUUGCAUAGUCACUGGGGCUGCAAAUUGGCGAGCGAUUUUUGUUUUCUCACCCCCGCGAAACACACGCACCGCGAGACGGAAAAUGGGGAAGCGUGUAAGAAAGUGAAAAAAAUGGGGCCUUCAACCUGUGGUCGCGUCACCCUUACGCUAUCAUUAUGCUUUGCAACCGAGAGCCUAUCAAUCGUUCGCAUCGAAUCAGAUCCGGUCGGUCGCGUCUAGGAGUUGGUUAAAUGGUGGGAAAUGUGUUUCGGGCAGCAAACGAAAGCGUCAAGGUUUUAGUAAACUUUCGCCAUUUCCAUCAUGCCGUAACCGAUCAUGGUCCACGCGCUAGGCAGGUUGUGGAGGUUCGCCGCGGGUUUUCUUGUGGGAAGCGAUUUUUUUCCUCUCUACCGUCGGUUCUCACUCCCCGGUUGCCUUGGCACAGGUUUUGUAAAUAUUUGCUAGUGGCGUUCUCCGCUGAACUCUUGAACCUGCGCCAGUCAUUAAGCAGAUUGUUUAUCAUCUGGAGCACGGAGGCUUUCUAUUGUAGCAUAUUUUGUAGCUCAUUUCUUGUGGAUGAAUCUUAUUGCAUGAAGUGUGGAUUGCUACUAAAUGCCGAUAAUUGCGCUACAUGCGCUAGACAGAGGUCACAUUACCCACCUCUUGGCUCUUGGGUUUGUUCUCGCUUCCGUUGCAGUUUUUGUAGCAAUAUGAGAAAAACACGACGAUUUCCCCAGUGUUUGAUGGUAGCUUGUUAGGCGCAGCAGGAGGAGUUAUGUCGACAUUACAACACCGUUAGCGUACAGGGAACGGUACAAGUGACAAGAUGAAAAAACAAAUAGUGAAGAAUAACGUGCACCGCAUCAAACAUCCGCCCAGCAUGUUGUACGCGUGCUUCAAUGCAAAUUAAUUUGGUACGAACGGAAAAACAUAUGUUCUUGGAAGGUUGAUGAUUUGUAUUCGGUUGAGCGAUAUAUCAUUAGUUUUUGUUGGUUAAAUACAUAAUUUAUACAGGUUUAGUAUACUCGAUACGAACGUAACUUAUUUUACAAAUGAUACCUAUCCCCCGAGUGGCUAAGCCAAAAUUUAGCCACUAUUGCUAGUAUGUUUUAAACGAAUUAAGAAACGGUUAGACACUGAAAUCCGUUGCCUUUAAUCGUGUUAGAAAAACAGAUGCAAGGUGUUGUUGUACGCCGAACGUAAAUAGAAAAAUUAUAGUUACACACCGCUUGAUAUACCGUCCAACCAAAGUCAUUUUCCGAAGGGGGUUUAUUUCUCGCAAGAGUGAUUGCAGGGUAGAACAACUAUGUAUUGUAAAUGCUAUGUUGCUAAAAUGCUUAAAAUACUGAUUAACAAUCCAUACGAGUAGGGUUUUGUUUUGUGUUAGGCUUUUAACGGGAACCUUAAUUUGAAAAGUACACCAAAAGCAAUAAAUCGUUAUUUCAGAGGCCAUGCUUAGUGCACAUUUGAUACUCCCUGACCUAACGGACACAUCGUACAUGGAGUCGUUUUCGUCGAACCAUCCAUCUUCCAUAAGUUAUGCAAAAUACAACGAGCCACAAAUUGUGCAACAGACCUUCGCUAAUGCAUUGACUUCUUGUAUGGUGCUACCACUGGCGUCCACUUUUGCGGCAUCCCGCACGAUCUUCAUAUCGGAUCCGUAAAGAUUUGCAAUCUAUAACUUAUGUGUUCCGCUUUCCGGUCACUGACGUCCACCACCACCAAGCAGUAUCGUUUGUGUGGCUCUGGAGAAGUUCCACUCGAUUGUACUGCAAAAGAUGCAAUGUGUCGCAGUAAAGCAAUAUUCAUUAAAUCAUUGAAGCGUGUUGCAAAUGAUUUCAUUUCUUGUACUUUUAUACGGAAAGAGAAGCUGCGUAGUGCAUGGUGAUACGGAUCGUAUACAUUUUCUCAGACAAAUCUAUUAGCUGUCCAUAGUGUUGGUAGAAUUGAUGAAAAGACGCCUCCACAGAUCCAAGAUGUAUGCAUUAGCACCGUCGUUCUAUUUCUGCUUCCAUUCUUAUGAACCACUCACGACACUGUUGUAAUGUAAGCUGGCAAAACGGUAGCAACGAGCGCGAUAUAUAUCCUAUUGGCUCUUUCCUAAUGCGGCGGCACACAUUGUGUGGGAGCCUACGGAAAGUAAGGCAUUGUGUAGAAAAUGCGCGUUCUAAAAUGUCUUGUUUUGCCCUUUUUCUCAGACGUUCUAUCAGUGGCUAAGACGGAACGGCAAAAUUUAAGGGAGACACGAAAAUCAAAACACAACAUAAACAAACGCUACGCUACCGCACAGAACUGCAUUCGAGAAUGCUAAAGUAGAAGCCCGCGUGCAGAGGAAAUGUGAGUAAACGCGUUACAAAAAUAAAACGACAUCUCCGACGGGAGCAGUGAGCUGCGAUUUCCUCGUGUUGAACAGUGUGAUGAUGAUGCAAAGACACAGCUUCAGUCACUGUUGCUAAUGCUUGAGAAGCGGAGAGCCUAGAUUAUCGGAGUUCGGGCUGGCCGUUGAUUCGUGGCUUUCUCGUAACGAGGUGUAAUCUGAUUUGUUUAACAUUAUUGAAUUGUUUAUACAGCACCAAACUAUGUUCAGUUGACACAUGUCUUAUAUUGGGAAAAUGAAGUUAAUCUGCUACAUUCAGACAUUUCCAACAAUUUGCCCUCUUAUUGUAGCGCGUUUAUAAGACCGAUAUGGUGAGACAUAUGUUGGCUUUACUCAUCAUUUUUAUUCGCGCAUCUCUAGCUAUUCUGACUGAAACGGGCCGUUGAUGUGUCUUGACACGGAAUCGCCUACACGUACACUACGGUUUCAGCUGAGAGGACAGCAGAAACUCAAACAGACCAGAGUUGGAGAGAUGGGUGGUACGAGUGUUUUAUUUACAUCACUCAACCGUAUAGCGAUGCAAGCCGCAGUUCUGUGAAGAAGAUCGUACCAGAGGCGCGUCAGUUUUCAGACGCCUUUGAACGCUUCCUAAUCUCAUCGUAUAUUCUCAUGUUUCUUACUGUAACGUGCGGGAACUUCGGGUGCCAGUAUUUCUCAUUAUACACGUUUUGCAAAUUGUGGUAGCCAUCUUUAAGAACGGAGAGCUAUCGUAAAGGAAAAUCUUUAUUUCUAGUACGAAAAGUACAGCAUUUUUUUUUUCGAUAAAAAAUUUAUUAAAAUAUGAAAUCGUUAUUUCACACCUAACUUCAUGUCAGAAACUAUGAAACAAUGCGUUAGUGAAUACGCAUACGCUGGUAUUAAAAAGUAUUAAUGCAUCAAAGUAUAUCGCUUGAUCGAUUUGUUCUAUUGUUCACUUACGGAUAAGAUUAAUGGAAAGAAAAUAAAAUACUUUUCUCACCUUCUUCAAACACCGUUAAUGUGUCCGAAUGAUCAUGGAAGCUCUAUGGCCCGAGAAACUUUGCUUUGACGGUUGCCGGAGAGAUAGCUAAGACGAACGUGAAUGUAAUAUCGCUACAAAGCGAUGACUCCCAGUGCGCCAGUACCGCGAAAGAGAGCCCUUUUUUCGGUCUCGACGCACAAUUGUGCGAGCGCGUCCGGAGAGCGAGGGCAAGAUGAGUUUUCUCACUGCUCGACGAAUUUAGUAGCAUCGCGACUUCUACGGCAUCAAGAUCAGUGAUAGAAACAGAAGCAUCGGUAACAGAAGCAGCAGCUGCAGCGUACUACACGUAUGGCUUUGAUGAGCCGGUGGUGUCGGACGCAAAGUUUGUAUGUUUGCCAUGAUUAAAGUGUUUGUGUGCCCUCAUGGUGAUCAUGGAAGAUCAAUAGACCGUGAUUUUUAUUUCUACCUGCUCUUAGCAAAGUGCCAGUACGACUUAGUGUCGUUGAUAGUGUUGAAUAGUUCAAACUUCUUCUUUUGACCGCAACUAAUUUAGCUCGGAAAGUGCAAAGGAAAAGUGCAUUAAGCCUAGUGUUGUAUUCAUCCUCUAGAUUUGAAUGUCAUUUAAAGUAGGCUUUUCCGGGAAUAGAGUGCACCUUGAUGUAAUCAAUGAAAGGCGGCAAUAUGUUUGCAAUGUGCAGCAUGUUAAUUGAAGGUGGGGACGGUGCGAACCUUAGUUGUGGUUGAAUGAUGGUUGCAGAAGGAAUCAAAUUUCUCCGUUCGAGUUAUUUAACUUUGGGUACAACUGUAUAGCGCAAGCAUCAUGAGAACGGUAGUGUGAAACGUGGCAUUUACAUAGGAAUAGCAUCCGGGAGAUUAAAUUUCCCAAAAGCCGCUCAUCAAAGAGCAGGCUUAACUUGUGCAACAAUGUUUCCCGUACAUAAUGAUCCACGUGUGUUUCCCGCGUGUGUGUGUGCAUCUCUGUGUGUGUGUGUGUGUGACUAAAUGUGAAUAUACGAGGAAGCGUACAUUUGUGGAUAUGCUCAUGUUAACCAUGGCGAAGGUUCAUGACAUCGCCGGUGAUGAAUGAUCGUUAGCUUAAGUUCAUUCUCAUGCACAUUUGAUUGCUAUGCGUUUUUCAAGCGGCAGAGUGGCUCAUACAUCAACCCGAAGAUGGGCUCAUCACUGACCGAUCGUGAAUGUGUGCUCUGAAAUUCCUUAGUUUCCAGUACGAUUUAUUUUAAAGUUUGGCCAAUGUUUAAAGACACCGACUAUCUUAACGAAUUUCUCAACGAUUUGAAGCUCUGUGUUUGUAUAUUCAACAAACUCAACUAACAAGUAAUAGAUUAGAGAUACAGUGAAGUGAUUUACAAAAAAAAAACAAAUGAAUUUCUUGAUUGAAAACCAUCCUUCUAAAAUACACAUGGAAAGCAUGACAACUUGAACGUUUUCUAACGUCGUUUAUUCCACUAAUGGAAACACUCAAAGGAAACGAAGAUAUCUAUUAGCCUACACCGCAAAAACCCAUAAGGAAAUUGAUCGAAAAUGUGCUAUGCCGUUUCGAACGGUGGCUCGCUUUUUAGAUCUAAUAGGUGACGGCCAUUGCCACAAACGGUAAGGCGGGGGAAUUUCUAUCCGCUUCCGAAAUAAAACAACAGCAAAAAAUGAAGGGUAAAAUGAGCAGAAAGUAAAGGGAAACUAUCGGUUUCGUUGAACUUUGGUGAUGGUAGCAAGCGAUGUAGUCAAUAUGGUCAAAACGGAAAUGGCCACGCGAAAGGGAGCUACGGCUCGAAAAUAGAAGCAGCAGUCAAUUAUCAACUUAUUGGUGACAGGUGUGCUGGAUGCCGUGAAAGACGCAUCGUACGCUUCCUGAAUUCUGUACUUUUAAUUAGGCUUUUUCAAAUGAGAACUGAAGGUAGGAAGAAAAGUGAAAGAGAAGAUUAAUUUCUCUAUAUAGAACAAUGCUGAAUCAUGUAUUGAAUCACUUCAAAGUGAAGGCUUACAGUGAGGACCCUCAGAUUCAUGAGACGAAUGAUAAGAAGGAAGUAGACUGAUGCAACAGAAAGUGAAAAUUUGCUCUUGUUCGUGGAGCAUGUCUGAGAUCUAAUGGAAAUUUGGGGUUUCUUUUCUUCGUUAAAGUCAUCCAACGUAAACAGUGCGAGUGAGUGUAUGCAGCAGUAUUCGUCUCUAACUGUAGCAGUGCACCUGUGAAAAGUGUCUUUUAUACCGUUAACAAAAUGUGGAACAAACUGUUCAAAAGUAAAUCAAAAUCAUCAAAAAAUCUUUCCAACCGCUCGUGCUCCUCUGGGUUGGAAAUAACGGCACCAAACCCAGGACCUUCGAAGUCCACCUCCAAUGGGCUCAAUGUUGUGGCUCAGUACGAGCAGUAUGGUAGCAAUUUUGGCGAGAUGCCGGAGCCCGUACGAAUGCGAGUACGCACCGCUACACACGAUCCGAAUGCACUCGAUCUGGCCAGCACAACGAAUCAUCGCGAUUCCAUCGGUGUAGAAAUGUGCGGCAUUCCGAUGCGUCGAUCGAAACUAUCUAGUGCAUUUAAAAGUUUGAGCUUGAAGCGAAGUGCUUCCAAAAGCCGCCUCAAAUUAGUUACUAAUCCGCUGGAAGCGACUAGCGGGCACGGCACGGUAGUUACGGUUGACACUGAUGAUGCAGAAAAGAGGAACCUUACCGACUACGAGAUCCUUAGUGCCGGCAAACGGGCAUCGCUGAGACCGUGCAAAUCAGAUAAUAACCUCAGUGAAAAACAACAAUAUACAAAAGCCGAGAAGGAAGAGCCUGUCUACAUCGAAGAAUGCAAGACUUACGAAACGUUCGACCCCUCGUACGAACCACCACCGAAUCUGGAACUGCAACCAUGUCCCAUAUGUCAGAGGAAGUUCGCACCAGCAUCGUUGAACAAACAUAUCAGCAUUUGUGAGCGAGUUCAAACGAAAAAACGAAAACCGUUCGAUUCUUCCCGUCAGCGAAGGGAGGGCACCGAGCUUGCGUCUUAUUUGCCGAAAAAUUUUGGACUUCCUCAAAAGACGGUAAGCUCCUCAAAUGAGGCAAUUCCUGUGCGAAAGUUAAGCCUUAGCAAAACACCUACAUUUGAACGUAAAGAAUUCAGCCCUACAGCGAUGUCCACGUCAAUGCCAAGUGCCGCAAGUACGCCAAAGCCGGUAUUAAAACGAAGCAUGUCGCAACAGAACGAACCGUGUCCAUACUGUGAGCGAUGCUUUGGUAUGAAAGCGUACGAUCGACAUGUCGAGUGGUGUCGUGAGAAAGCACUGCUGAACAGAAACGUCAACAACAACCAAACCAUUUCAGCAGCGAAGGAAAGGCUCCAGGCCAGAAUUCAAUAUAAAGCUCCACAAAUACGAUCGAAACGUGCCUUAAAUCGAGAGAAAUAUUCCGGAAGUUUGAGUUGCGGAGGUUCUACUAACAGCCUUGCGGAAUUAGAUUUGCACAUGCCGCGCCACAAUUCGAUGAGCUCAUCCGUGUCGAGCGAUAACAGAAAAUUCCACCUAUCACCACAUUCAUUGCAGCAAAACUCUUUGGGCAACGUUCUUAGCCUCAACAAGGAACCAAAGAUCACCAAACGAGAAGAGCCCAAAAAAGGCACGAAACGGACCAAGACAUUAACUCUCAGUAGUGAACGACUGCCUAGCGAAACGAACAAUAAUAACAAUAACAACAACAACAUCAUCAUUAAUAAGAACAGUAACCACUGCUAUCACAACAACUUAAACAACAACCGAAAUGAUGUCGGUUGCCGUACGCAGCUAAAAAAUCUACUGAACCGUUCCGUUGUAGACAGCAAUGCGACGGUGCACAAGCAGCACAAACUACGGACUGCCGAGCAGAGAGUUGAGAAGUUCGAAAUCAUUGGCCAUAACCAUAGCGAACGGAUGACCCAUCGACCGGUCAUCGCGCAAACCGUGCGAUGUACGAGUAACAGUGGAUACAGCCCUGAUCGGUACGAUCCAUUCCUGUCUGCUAGACGGCAGCUUGAGGAGUUAUUUUCUCCUACCACGUCCCUGAUUCAUGCCAACUCCCCAGGCAGUACUACCAGUACAUCACGGCUCAAUCAGAUGAGCACUACCGGUGGUACUGCUUCCGACAAAACAACCAAUGUUGGUAAUACAACGAAAAAUGCGCACCACAAUUCGAACUUCCGACGAGCGUACUCGUUGCGAAUGCCACGUAAGGUUUCUCGCCCGAUGUACGUGGAAAAGGCUAAAUCGAAUAUACAGAAGGGUAUCACCGACGAUGGUCCGGUGUCACCCAAUUUUCUCAAAUCGUCGGAGUAUGAUGAAUUGCCGAUCAAAUCGACAUUUAAUGCUCUGCAGAUGGCGGAAGCGAAACCGAAACUGCGUGACUCGAGCACGGUUCGAAAGAAUCUCAAAUUGGAUAUCAAGGAUCCAAACAAUCCGGCCGGUGGUGACAUACCGCUGUCCAAAACGGAUUCGUUGGCCGUAUUUCUUAAGUACGAAAACGAGCUGGCAUUCAGCGAGAAGGAUAUGAAAGACAAAAGUAACAGUCUCAGCAAACGAACGUCAUCGUUAAGUGCAGAAGCGAAUCAACAGAAAAAACAAGACUUGCUAAACAUUGAUGAAGAACAACAAAAGACUACCAAGCGAAGCGUUCCAACACCUGAGGAUGAAUCAGUUAAAAAACAAUCGCAAAAGCUGAUUCCAAUUAAGCUAGAGCCUAUUAACAUAACUUAUAACAGUAAUAAUUCAAGUGAAUCUACUAAUAUUAAACCGCUGGUUAUAUCGCUGGACGCAAUAAUUGGAAAGCCUAGUAUUACGAAACAGAAAGAACCCCCAGCGGACAAUGAUAAUCGUGCUGAUACCAGCUAUAUCGAUCCAAAGCUUAUAAACAAAUGUGAUAACUUACCGAUAAAUCUGGUCAAAUCCUCAACCAAGGAUGUUGAUGGUAGUUGCAGCAGCAGAAGCAGCAGCAUCAUCGGCAAUAUGUCCGCAGAAGGAAAGCAGCUUACAGUCAAAACUGUUGAGACGAAACUGGAACGAUCCGUUGCACCUCCACCGCCUCCUCGAGCUUCUAUAAAUGUGGCACCAAAACCACCAGAACGUACACGUAAAGAAACUAGUUUUGAUUAUAGCAAAACUAACGAUGGGCCAACCAGCAGCGCUGAAAGUAGCACCAGCAACAACAGUAGUCAUUCCUCCAGCCCAGUCGAUCAUAGAGUUAGCCAAAAUAGUACAAACCGUGACAAACGACCACAGCUUACUCGACAAGAUCGGGAAGAUUCGGGAUACCGCACUGGACAGGAGUCUGGACAGUCGGAUGCACAGGAACAGCAGAAAAAACCUUCCAUAUCAUCGUCAACAUCAAAGAAAGAUGAUCAAAUACCCAAGAGCCCUGGAUUGCAAACAACCUUCAAUCUGAACAGGCUGAUAGCGCCAACGUCACCCUUGAGCAAUUUUAUCAAUACACGAUCACCUUCAAGCACUACCACACCGUCCAGUUCUGCUAGCCGUGAUCGAUCAGCCAUAUCCUCUGCGCUAGAGCAGUUUGACGUUGACGAAUUUAUGCAAUCUCUGGAGGAUUUACAUCGACGAUCGCCAGUCAGUGCAAAGGAUUAUAAACAUUCGUUGUUUGCCCGUACAAAUAGCUCCAUCAGCAGUCGUCGUACAACGCCCACCCACCAUGAUCAAACCAAUGGCAAACGAAGCAACAGCCUCGACAGUGGUCACAGCAAUGCCGUUGUUAACGCAAUCCACUACGCACACAAUAAUGAAAGUAGUGGCGUGCCACGAGUGGAUGUGUGUGUGCGGAAUGGUAGCGGCACAGCCAGUAAUAAUAACAGUAGUAAUAGUAGUAGUAGCUUUAGUAGUCCUAGCCAUUAUAGUAACAGCAUCAACAGUAACUCGUACUAUAACAGCAAUUCGAUUAAUAACAAAACUCCACAUAAUCACAGCACUACUGCUGGCAAUGGCCACGAAAAUUCAAAGGGUACCGAAGUGGUUCAUCCGCUGGGACAGCAAUUGAACAACAUGCGAAACUCUUCAGCUAUUGUCCAUCGAAGAAUGAGUGAAGACACAACAGCAAUUUCUCUUCCUGCUGUACCACCGCCUUCUAGUAAUGGCACUACUGGUGGUGGUACGUCCUUAUCGACUAUGCAGAAUUUACCCAGCAUUCAUAAACCAACAACGGCCGACAGUGCGUUAAACGGAAAUGGCAAGAAUGUGCAACAACCUGCACAUCCGUACUACUCAUCACCGAGUCCAGUAAACGGUAGGAAGACUAGCUACAGUAACAAGUCAUAUCACACUAACCAUACCACCGGUACAUCAUCUUCAACACCAACUUCGUCCCAUGUAACCGGGUUCAUGUACGAAACACGGUACCCAUCGGAUUCGUUCGAUCAUCUCGAGCGUGAUCUGCUAAAAAGCGUACAGGAACUAAACCGUAUGUGUGGUUCCUCGUCCUCAGUAUGCUCGAUCGAUUCCGAGGAAUUGUUCAGCGUAGAGGAUUAUCCGCUGAAUAAGCGAUCAUCUGAACGAUCACAGGCUAGUGCUGAUUCAGCGUAUCGCAGCAGUCUAUCCACGCAGUCACCACCAGAUUAUGCACCCCCUGUACCUAUACGUCAGGUACGACCGAAUUCGCGCAGCUCUACCACCAGUCAGAACCAACCUGUGCAGCCAACGAACACACUAGACAGCUCGUUCAAUAGCCUUCCGCUUCACACAUCUCUUCCACCGAUAACCAGUGCUUCGAUCAAGGGGCACAAGCUGGAAGCCCAACCUUACAAAGACAGCCCAGACGGGAUUCCAAAUCUGAUCAUGAAUCCUAUGUCCAAAUUUUGCCAUGAAUGUGGUGCACGCUUCAUGAUCAGCAGUGCUAAGUUUUGCAUGUCAUGUGGCGUGCGGCGAAUUACGUUGGAAUAAUUUGAAUUUGAAUGGAACAAACGUUAGUUUAGUAAAGUAUACAGUUAAAUUUAAAUGCUUCUACAAUUCUCACUAACAGAAAAACAAGUUAUACUAAAAUGGAUUGUUUAUGUUACCACAGCAAAAACAUUGGAUUGUCUAGUGGAAGUCACUGAUGCUGUUAAAAAAUCGUAUAUAAAUAUUGUAACAAAACUUUAUAAUGCACCGCAUAUUAACAAAGACUGAGAACUGUUUUGCCCGUAAUUGGAUGAAUCCCGGUGAGAACUCUAAGUUGAUAAAAUUCACUUCCGCAUUUACUACCAAACUCUCACAUUUGCUAGUGUUAAUAAGUUGAGACUAGCAAUAAAACAAACAGACCCACUAAUUAAUUUAUGUUUCUGCCAGAACGUAAGGAUCGAAUUCUAAAAAAACAUGCAGAACAAAACAAGUUAAUUAUUACUUUUUUCAGUUUAGAAUUACUGGAUGAGAAAAACAGAUGAAUGUAAUAUGCCGAAUAAGCGCAUAAAUACUACAAUCUAUAAUGGAUUUUAACAAAUUUGACACACAACAAAAAUCGUGUUAAUAAUGUAAACCAAAUUGUCGUAGCAGUACGCGUAAUCUUUUAUGAAGAGUUUAACCAUUGCGAAAUUUUGGAUAAAAUGCUAUGAGCUACGACUUUUUUUUAUUUGUUUGCUUUAUUUUGUUUAGUAUUAUGUUACAAAUCAACUAAAAGUGUUUCAUUUUUUCUGUCUCCAUUAGUUUUGCUUCUUAAACUUAUUUCAAUAAUGAAGAAGAAUGAUUUAUAAAUACUUGCAUAUUCCAAAUUUAUAUUGAACCGUUGUCUGAUCCUUGCAAUGUCAUAUCUUGUUUUGUUUUCUUUCGUUUGCUCAACAAACCUAUAUAUUCUGCUAUUUAAGCAAUGUUGGCUGAAAAAUGUAUGAAAACCAUAUUACCCUGCACGAAAUUGUGUUGAGCUUUUUGAGCAUCAAAGUGAAGCCCUGCUUCAAAUGUAAUUAAUCACGAUUUGCACGGAAUUGUUAGUCUGAAUAUAAACCAUGUAAGUGUUUACCUAGCCUGGUACGUUAUGAAAAUGAAUUAAGUGAAAUCAAAAACAAAUUAUAUGAACAAGAGCUUUGUCGAACAUGACAAUUCAGAGUGAAAUUUCAAAAGCAAAUAUUGCCUUGAAAAUAAAAUAGCAUUCAAUAGCAUCCAUAACUAACGGAGUGAUUCAUUUGCUAGAUAAUUAAAGUGUUAAUAUUUUAAAACAUUCAAUAAAACCAAUAACAUGUA